GCCCCUGCGCGGAGCCGGGAGAGGGGGACCCAAGCGCUCGCUCCCUCGCGGGCCCCAGCAGGCUCCUGCCGCCCGCCAGCCGGGAUCAGGCUGCCGCAGCCGCGUCCUCCUCUGCUGGGACCUUCGGAGCCAGCCGCCAAGUUGAAGCCCGGCGCUGCGCACGGGGUGUCUGUGCUGGGGCAGGCGCCGGAGCUCCCGCUGCUGCAGCUUUUCCCCAGUCCAGUCUGUUGAAGAGCUAGCUGAUUUCUACCAGGAGGCAAAAGUUGAAGUUCAUGAAAGCACCUACCGUACCUCCAGUCAAGGGUUUUCUCACAGUGAAUGGAUAUAGUGUGUCUUUCCCUGCAAGCUGUUAUAGUGAAAACUGGCCACUUGUCUCCACUUUAUAAUCUCUUUCUCUGAGUAGAUCAGAUACCUCCAUGAACGUAACAAAUGUAUCAGGAAAUGGCAUUGCUCACUGGGAACGCAGAUCCCAAGUUCACUUCGUAUUCCUACAACAAUUUGGAAAACCUGUGCGAGGUGCAGACCAAGAAAGGGUUCUUCUACAAAAAAGCCAAGCUUCUUCACCCUGGGGAAGACUUGUGCUGCUUGGCCCAUCUAGAGGACCGAACCAGGCAUGUGAUCAUCAAUGUAGGUGGCAUUAAAUACAGGAUUCCGUGGACCACACUGGAGAACUGCCCUUUGACCAGGCUUGGAAAACUAAAAUCUUGUAACAACUAUGAUGAGAUCAUGGACAUCUGUGAUGAUUAUGAUGUCAGCUGCAAUGAGUUUUUUUUCGACCGUAACCCUUGUGCCUUCAGGACCAUCAUGACUUUCCUGACAGCUGGGAAGCUGAGGCUUCUAAGGGAGAUGUGUGCCCUCUCUUUCCAAGAGGAACUGGUGUAUUGGGGGAUAGAAGAGGAACACCUGGAGUGGUGCUGUAAGAAAAGAUUACGACAGAAGGAGGAGGAGGCAGCCGAGGCCACGCAGUAUGAGAGGGAGAUGAUGGUUAAUGAAACUCCGCAAUGUGCCUUCCAGGACAAUAGCCGUUCGGGUUUGUGCAUGAGAAAGCUCAGGGAUAUGGUGGAGAACCCUCACUCAGGGAUCCCAGGAAAGAUCUUUGCUUGUAUAUCAGUCUCCUUUGUGGCCAUCACUGCAGUGAGUCUCUGUAUCAGCACCAUGCCAGAUCUCCGAGAAGAGGAAGAGCGGGGUGAAUGUUCUCAGAAGUGCUACGACAUCUUUGUGUUGGAGACGGUUUGCGUUGCUUGGUUUUCCUUUGAGUUCCUCCUGCGCUCCAUUCAGGCAGAAAGCAAGUGCGCCUUCCUGAAGACCCCCCUCAACAUCAUCGACAUCUUAGCCAUCUUGCCUUUCUACAUCUCUUUGAUAGUGGAUAUGGUCUCUGCUAAAAACAGCAACAGGAAGCCUGGCAGCGGAGCAGGAAGCAAGUACUUGGAGCGAGUGGGCCUGGUUCUACGCUUCUUGCGGGCUCUCCGCAUCCUGUACGUCAUGAGGCUCGCACGCCAUUCACUGGGACUGCAGACACUGGGACUCACUGUGCGCCGCUGCACCAGGGAAUUUGGACUCCUCCUCCUCUUCCUUUGUGUUGCCAUGGCGCUCUUUUCUCCACUGGUUUAUUUGGCAGAGAGCGAACUGGGAGCCAAGCAAGAAUUCACUAGCAUUCCCAUCAGCUAUUGGUGGGCUGUAAUCUCCAUGACAACUGUAGGCUAUGGAGACAUGGUACCUCGGAGCAUCCCGGGACAGGUAGUAGCCCUGAGCAGUAUCUUGAGUGGUAUUUUGCUGAUGGCUUUUCCGGUCACUUCCAUCUUUCACACUUUUUCCCGCUCCUACACAGAGCUAAAGGAACAGCAGCAGCGAGCUGCAAGCAGACAGUUGCACCAGCUAGAGGAAACCACCAGAUCCCCAAAUGGUGACAGUUCUCAGGGACUGGGUAUCUCCUCCCCACUAGACGCAGCUGGGGCGUGGCGUCAGCCAGCAGUGAACCAGGAAGACAAGAGGAAGUGUUGACUGCAAACAACUAAAAGAUUUAGCCAGCAGCACUGAACUAGCAAAUGAGAGAGUUCCAGAUCUGAAACAAAACCCUAUGGAACGAACAUAAAUCAGGGUAUAUAGUGAGACCUGUGCAAGAGACUGUCCUUCUUGAGUAACUUUUAGUGUCCCUAAAAACAACGUGGAGUACCGUUCUGCUCCCUCUUUCGUAGAAGGCCGCUUUUGUUAAGCAACUGAUUUUGGGCAGCCCCCAAGGAGCAGUUGCUUAAGCCAGGUUUCCACUGUGUCCGCUAACAAGAAAAAAUAAAUUUGGAGAGAGAAUUCAUUCUAAGGGUCCAUUGCCGAGGGAAAUAAGGGUGCCAUUUACUGUACAUAAGCUUCCUGGUAGCCCUACUCUAUGCUGAGAAUGUCCCAAAACCCUUAUUCCCUAUGCACAAUGGAUUCAAUCUAUGUGGCACCUCCAUGGGGUGUACAUCUCAAAAUGUAAAGGGGAAAGUUGAAAGAUGGGGGAGAGAGGCCUGCCUUGGCCAGCAGAAGGGCAAAUUUAUCCCUAUUCCCUGGUCUUUUAAUAAAUAGUGAUUUAUUUAUUUAUUUAUUAAAUUGGGAACCAUAAUCUGGGCUGCCUGCUGACAGGUCUGACUUGUGCUCUUGCUCUUUAUGCAUUAUUUAGUAAACAUGCAUAUCUACAAUAGUAGGCUUUGCACUUUAGCCCUGAUGACAGAACUAUACAUGGACAACCUUGUUAAUGAUACUGAACGUCAACUUGUUUUCCUUUGCUCACAUUUGCACAUGGCUUAAAAAAAAAACAACCAAAAAUGUGUUCCUCUGUUAGCCUCCUCCUUCCUGUGUUUUAAAGACUGUUUAACAUUUAAGCAAAAAUUAAAAGCACCUGCCCAGUAGGGGUAGCCUUAUGGUAAGGCAGGGUGGGAAUGGUUGCAGAGACUCAUGUUUGUAGUUUUCUGCAGUGGUACUUUGAAGACUGCAGCUCUAUACAAAGGGCUUGAUCCAAACCCAUUAAGUCAAUGGGAGACUUUCCAUGGACUUUGGGGAUCAAGCCCCAAAGCAGCAGCUGUCCCACAUGUUAG